CAGGUUACAUUACAAAAGAAAUGAAAGAAAACUAAUAAGUGAAACAGUUGUGAAAAGUGAAAUUCCAGCAUAACUGAUCUAGGCGUUACUAAAAAGAAAUAUUUGUGUCUUCAUAAUUAUAUUUGGGAAAAACAAGUGGAUUUUAAAGUGGUAGAUAUAAUUGCUCCUUAUUAGUUGUCAAUCUUGUUGACUCCUAGGACUUGGUGUUAUGAAAUUGUAGGAUUUUCAUAUUAAGGAAGAUAUUUUUUAUAUCAUUUGAUGAGAAUUUCAUAUGAACAGAUUCAGUUUAUGGUUUACAGUUAUGUGAACUAUCUGUUUAAAAAUCAGUAUUUGUGCAGAUAUCAUAAACAGAUUGUCACUCAUAGUGGGAAAAUUUUUCUUUGAAAAUGUCUACCAAAUCAAGCAAGUCGAACAAGUCUAAUAAGAAAGUAGGAUUUGUGGAAGAUGACAAACCAUGUAAAACUAGAGAAUCUAGAAGCAGAUUCAGGAGUCGGAGUGGUCGGGAGAGACGGUCAAAGUCAGAGGUGACAGUCUCAAACAAGGAAAACAUUCCUAAAAAAAGGGAACACAGUUUAGUUUCUAUGGUUCGUAAUGGAGGGAGAAAUUCAGUCAGAAACCUUGUCAGACUUUUUGAAUCUAAAACAAUGAAUGAAGGGAGGAAAAGUCAAAUAGUAUUACCAGAUGAAAGAAGAUUAGACCUCCUCAUUCAGCCAAAACUUUACACAAGAGAACUUUUAGAUUUAGUUUCCUCCCAUUUCAAAUUAAAAGAAAAAGAAUAUUUUGGUAUAAAUUUUACAGAUGAAACGGGUCAUAGUAAUUGGUUAAAUUUAGACAAAAAAGUUUUAGAACAUGAUUUUCCAAGGAAAACUGGGAUAUUAACACUCAAUUUUUCUGUCAGGUUUUAUGCAGAAUCUAUUUCAAGUCUCAGGGAUACAGCAACUGUAGAAUUAUUUCAUCUCAAUGCUAAACAACUUAUAUUUCGGGACCAGAUAGAAUGUGAUAGUGACACUGUAUUUGAAUUGGCAGCUUAUGUUUUACAAGCAACGUAUGGAGAUUUUCCUGAUGAAGAAAGUGUGCGGUCUGAAUUAAAAAAGUUACCUCUGAUUCCAACAAGUGCCUUACGAGAACAUCCAUCCAUUUCAUAUUGUGAAGACAAAGUCAUAGGACAUUAUAAGAAAUUAUUAGGAAUUUCAAAAGGAUUAGCUAUUGUCAAUUAUAUGUCCAUAGUUGAAAGUUUGCCUACAUAUGGUAUACACUAUUAUGAAGUAAAGGACAAAAAAGACAUUCCAUGGUGGUUAGGACUAAGUUAUAAAGGAAUAGCUGUUUAUGAUAAAUCUGAUAAAAAAGAACCAAGAAAGAUUUUUACAUGGAAAUUACUGGAAAAUUUAUACUAUAGAGACAAGAAAUUCUCAAUAGAGGUUCAUGAUCCUAAACGUGUCAUACAAACAUUAAGCAGUUACAACUUGUAUGAGGACGCGAUCAGAGAACCUGUCGACGAGGGGGACGAACUCUCUGAUGCCAUUGUAGACCCUAGUACACAGUAUUAUAACCGAUGGAGAUCUUCCAGCUAUGUUGAUCCAGUGGACAUAAAAAACUCUAUAGUAUCUGUAAGUCGUAGAACUUUCGGUCCUGGAAACGUUGCAGUCCAUGCUUGGUUUGGUUGUACUUCUCAGCUUACAAAAUGUAUCUGGUCCAUGGCUGUAGCUCAACAUCAGUUUUACUUAGACAGAAAACAUAGCAAGAGUAGUUUACACACAGUGAGAAGUUCCAGUGAAAUCGCUGCAGACUUAACUUGUAGUAACAAAAGUUCCUCAUCUCUACCAGGUUCAUUUUCUGACAUAAGUCGCAGUGCCAGUUCAUCAAGUCUUCCAAACUUGUCAGGAUCAAGAUUUGAUAUAAAUCUAGACCACCUUGACGCCAUCAAAGCUCAAAGAGAGAUGUUUGAAGCACUAAAAGCCAGAAAAGAAGCUCUAGACGAGAAGCUACGCAAGAAGACAGAGGAACUCAAGUUGCUAUGUAUGCAAGAAGGGGAAUUGACAGGCAGGUUACCCAGAGAAUAUCCCCUUGCCUCAGGGGAACAGCCUCCUGCCAUCAGACGCCGUGUCGGUACAGCAUUCUCACUAGCCUCAAAAGUCCAAGAUGACCAGGCUGAGUCCUUGUCCAAGCUAGAGCUUGAGUAUGAGUUGCAGAAACAGAUCACCCAGGCAGCAAACCGUCUCUCUCAAGACAAGUCUGUCAGCAAGUAUGUUCGUAAACAGAGACGUCAUUCAUUCCACAGAGCAGAGAAAAAGUUGAGAGAGAUGGAGAAGAAGUUAGCCGAUGGUAAGGGAGGUGACUCUACCCUUCCACUCGAUGGAAAAUACAAAUCUGGUAUGGCCAGAAACCAAAGCUUUUUUCUGUUACAGAUGAAUGACAAUGAUGAUCCACAUUCACAGAAAUCUACAAGGGAAUCCCCUAGUCGUCAGGUAGUACAUGUACCAAUGCAACGCUCAGCCACUGUCAGAGAAUUAUCACCAACAGAAAGUAGGCCACCUUUAAGUCCAACAUUAAGCAGUCCCUCUUUAUUUCGAGAUUGUGGUGGAGGAUCACAGUCAAGUAACCAACUGUACACGCCUCUAACCAACAGAAGCCAUUCUUCUGGAAGUAAUAUGUCAAAUCAGUCCGAGUAUGAAAACGUUAACAACCAUAAAGACUAUACUGGAAGUCAGGACAGUGGCUUUAGUUCAGCUAAUAAUAUGUAUAAUUUAACUACUCAACAGACUUCACAUUAUGAAAGUUCAGAUCAGCUGAAAACACCUACAAAUAAAAACUACUCUGAGAGCUUAGAAAAUGUAUUUGAGGACAAAGCAGCAAACCAUAAUAGUUUAGAUAGCAGUUACAGGAAGACUGGUAAUCCAAAAAACUAUGGUAGUCUGGAACGAAAUUCAAGACGUAAAAAUGAAACAUGGCAGCCUCGUGAUAGACAACAUAGUGAUAGUGAUGCAAGCAUAAGUCAUCUGUCUGAUAUAGACACUUCUAAAUAUGGUAGUAAAAGAGCGUCUCAGUCAGAAUAUGAUUUAUCUGGACAAAAAAGUAAUUUGAUUGAGCUGCCAGUUAGACACGAGGAACAAGGAGAUAAUAGACGACAUCAUGGUCGUUGGAAUGAUGUGGCUCACACUGAGCCAUCUCCGCUUAUACAAAGUCCCAAUCAAGACUAUCGUGAGGGCAAUGAACCUCAUUGUUACAGUCCUAGGAGCUAUGAAGGAAAAAGACAAGGUGGGCGAGGAAGCCCUUACAUAGAACGUAGUAUAAUGACUAAAAGAGUGGAAUCUCCCAAUUCUAGUGCUGUUGUUACUGUUACAAAAAUGCAACCUCAUCGUAGUGUAGAACUAGUAUCUAAACCAUUUGAAAUGUCAGACUUUUAUAAAUAUAGUGAAAAAAUUCGUAGACAAAGAAUGAUUGAGAACUACCAGCAGCAAUUAUUAGGUGACUCAUUAUCGCGGUGUAGUUCUCCUUCACAACAUUCAACUGAUAGUGGAGAUGGGUCAACGGGUCAUAAUUCUGUAUAUAAAUAUCCACACCCUAACUACAGUCCGUCACAUUCGUCAUCUUCAUCAGGUCAUAGUCACUAUCCUAUGGGACCUUCAAAUCAUUCUACGCCAGUACGAACACAAUCCCCUUAUUUGACAAGGAAAGGAGAUUAUGAUUCAUCUAGUCAAAGUGCCAGUAUGCCUAAAUAUCAGUCACAAAGUACACAUGUGCAAUAUUCAGUGCAGACAGCUUCAGGAGGACGUGUUAUUAAAUCAGUGCAUACCACGACGAAACAUACUCAAUAUCAACCAUUGACUCCAUUGAAAUGUGACCCAAUUCAUAAUCAGUCAAGAACGCCAUCCUCACAGAAUUACAAUCCAACAAAUAGGUAUGGUAACAAUAAAGUGAAUCCUAUUAUUAUAACAGAACCGCAUUUUAGUGGAAACGAAAAUUCACGAUAUCAUGGGAACUAUCAUAUUGUGGACCCCUUUAACUCUCAUGAGAAUUAUGUAUGUGUUGAUCCAGUUCAUGAGCAAACUCAUAAACACACUGCAUAUGUUGGUAGGAGCAUAUCAUAUGAAAAUAAAUCCGUGAUUGGAGACUUAACCGACGAGAUGUUGGAGUGGUGUAGGAAACAUGGACUGAAACGGAGAAAAUCUUAUGUGUAAUCCUAACCAUACUGAUCUUCAGGUUGUGGCAAUUUCGACCUUGACGCUUGACAGUGGUGGAUUCAAAAGCCACUUUUCUUUACCCAUGCCGAGGGCCGCGGUCUACAGUGUCGAAAGAUGAAAUGAACAUAAUAUAUAAUGCACACAUUAUUCAUUUUAUUGUGGCAUUGGUGCCCCAAAUUUAUUUCCUGCAGAGCUUUUUUAUACGGUAAACAAUUAAAAUUGUAAAAAUCUAAAUAUGUUUUUAAAAAUCCGACAAAUAUAUUAAUUGUUUAAUA